UGGUAAACUAAUUUCCUCUGACGUGUACCGCCGUACCUGUAUAUGGUGGUGAGUGGUGACAAUCUAAUCUGAACCUCUCCUUUUUCAGGCCAUUUCCUUCCUCCUCCGCUCUGCUAAUUUACGAGAAAGAGUGAAAAUGAGAACUGGAAAAAUUAAUAGAUUGAUCAAGCAUUUCAGUCGUCCAGGUUUUUUGAGCCAGCCUUCGGUAGCAGUCUCCGUGCUCAAGGCUGCUCCUGUGCUUAUUCCCAAGCUUGGUCAAGCUGAAUCUGGCUCUUCAGGCUCACAGUUUUCCAAGACAAUUGCACUUUUUGGUGCCGUAGCAUCCGGGUUUCUGGGGUGUGCAACAAUAGCAUAUGCUUCCGAUGAGGCAGAGCACGGUUUAGCUUGCCCUAGCUAUCCAUGGCCUCAUAAUGGCAUCCUCAGUUCAUAUGAUCAUGCUUCGGUUCGUCGGGGUCACCAGGUUUACCAGCAAGUUUGUUCAUCAUGCCACUCAAUGUCACUUAUUUCGUAUCGUGAUCUUGUCGGUGUGGCCUACUCUGAGGAAGAAACUAAAGCUAUGGCCACUGAGAUUGAAGUGGUUGAUGGCCCUAGUGAUGAGGGUGAGACGCUCACUCGCCCUGGAAAGUUGAGUGAUUGUCUUCCUCAGCCUUACGCAAACGAGCAAGCUGCAAGAUUUGCAAAUGGAGGGGCCUAUCCUCCUGAUCUAGGUCUUAUCACAAAGGCCCGCCAUAAUGGCCAGAAUUAUGUAUUUGCUCUUCUAACCGGCUAUCGCGAUCCUCCUGCUGGUGUCACGUAUAACCCUUAUUUCCCUGGUGGAGCGAUCGCCAUGCCUAAAAUGCUUGAUGAUGGUGCUGUUGAGUAUGAAGAUGGUACCCCUGCAACUGAAGCACAGAUGGGAAAAGAUGUGGUGACCUUUUUGUCUUGGGCUGCUGAACCAGAGAUGGAAGAACGGAAACUGAUGGGCUUCAAAUGGAUCUUCGUAUUGUCACUUGCUCUUCUGCAAGCCGGGUACUACAGACGUACGAGGUGGUCAGUUCUUAGACCUCAUAAGGUGGUCCUUGAUGUAGUCAAGUAAAUAGCAUGGCUUUCUUGCAUCAUGGGGUUUGGUUAUGUAUGAGAUAUACUGCAUGUAAAGAUACAGAUUUUCAAUUUCCCAGGAUGGUGUGCUUCGGGACGAUUCAAAUCAAAUGUACCAAUAACUUUUUCCA